UUGUAUAAUACAAUUAAUGGUUUAAUUACACCUAAUGAUUUAAAUUUGAAUAGUAGAUCAGAACCAAGGAUAAAUGGCUCUUUAGUGAGCGUAUAUUUGAUCGCUCGACAUGGAGCAAGAGCUCCAAACGAACAUUUUCUAUACCCAAAAUACGAUUUAAGAUUAGAAAGGUGGCCAAACGGUUUGUCACAAUUAACUGACAGAGGUUUCAAUCAAAUGUAUAGAAUGGGUCAAUAUUUCCGAAUUCGUUAUGGUCAAGAUCUAAGUUCCUGGUGGAGCAGUUUAUAUAAAGAAAUAAAAUAUUGCAAAUUAUCUUCUAGAGCGAAGGGCACGGCUUUAAAAUUUGAUCCGACACAUGUAAACAUGGUUUCAAGUAAUAAAAGCCGAACAAUAAGUAGCGCUCACGCAUUCCUUAAAGGAUUUUUCCCGAUGCAAAAAACUUGUGAUUUCCUUAAACCAUUUCGUAAUUUAUCAAAGAAAGAAAUAGGAAAAGUUUUAGAUAUCGUGUCUCAUCGAAUUUCAAGGAUGCAGAAUAAUCGGAAUAAUUUGAUCAUCGUUCCUAUCAGAUCUCAUGUAUCGUACAAUAAAUCAAUUCCUAUAGAUCUCCCCUUUACUAUUUUUAAUUAUUUUACAUGUCCAAAUUUUUCAAGGGAAAUCGAUUACAAUAAUCUACUCAAUAAAAAUUCAACACUUUUAAAAUAUUAUUUUAAGAAUCCAAGAUUAAUGGAAAUAUUAUCAAAGAAUUCCGGUUAUAAAUUAGAUGAGUUGGUAAUUAAUGCAGCAAGAUUAGAAGAUGCAAUUGCUUGUGAUUUUGCCGAAAAUCCCGAAUAUCUUCCUGAUUGGGUAAAACGCUCAAUGUAUGUCGAUAUUUUCAAAAAAAUAACUCAUUUCGCAGAUUUAGCUGCAGUGAACACCAUUAAAUUUAAUCGGGAACUUCAAAAACACGUUAUUGGAGUUAUGGUAAAUCAUUUGAUAAGCGAUAUGAAACGCAAAAUAAAAAUAUUAGCAUCCGUUCAUAAAUUUAAGAAUUCAAGAUUUAGCAAACAAAAACAAAUUAAAAAUAUAAAAAUAUGUACCAAUAAUGAUCCAAAAAACUUAAAAAUUUGCAAAUUUCGUGAUGUAUCAAAUAAUCCAAAACUUGAUAUCAAAAUAAUUAAUGUAUAUAUGGCGCAUGAUUUUACUUUGUUUGCCUUACUGACGUAUCUUAAUAUCCCAUUCUCUUUAAAACCCGGUUUUGGUAGUGCUUUUGUUUUCGAAUUAUGGUUAGACGAUAAACUUAACGAAUCUAAUAAUCAUAUCGAUUUCAGUCAUUUCACGCUGAAAUUGUAUUAUAAACAAUCAGAUGAGGCAGAGUUGAGACAUAUUAAAAAUGUGAAAUUAAUCAAAUUUAUACGAUCAUUCGAACUUUUAGAUCUGUCCAAGAUAUUAAGAUACCUUAAUUCUAGUUGUUAAAUCAAACUAAACUAAAUGACCAUUAAUUUGGAAAAUAAUAUUUAGCAUUAUAUUUGAAUUUUAAUGUAAAUUUUAAGCUUUAACAUAAUGUUUUAUGUGUAUGUUAAUGAAACCAGAAUAUAUUUUAACUUAAUUUGA